CGUUUGCUGAAAAACGACCAUCAACAUCAUGCCGCCACCAAAGUCAAAAGGAGGCAAAAUGCUCAGCCUCAUCAACUGGAGGCUCAAGGUCACUAUCAAUGACGGACGCGCUCUGAUAGGCCACAUGCUUGCUUUCGACAGACAUAUGAACCUCGUUUUGGCAGAUUGUGAAGAGUUCAGACGCGUUAGGCCAAAGAAGAAAGCAGGAGAUGAAGUAACGCCUCCUGAACAAGAUGUGAAACGGAUGUUGGGACUCGUUAUUCUUAGAGGAGAGACUGUCGUCAGUUUGAGUGUAGAGGGACCACCACCUGUGGUAGACGAGGAUAAAAAGAAUGCGCUUCCUAUCGGUCCAGGACGUGGAAUGCCUGCUGGUCGUGGUAUGGGAAUGAUGCCUCCAAUGGGUGGUCCCCCUCCGAUGGGUGGCCCUCCAGGUGGUGGUAUGCCCUUCCCACCACCAGGCAUGCAAGGUCCUCCACCUGGCUUCCGUCCGCCUGGUUUCCCACCUGGCAUGCCUUUCCAACCACCCCCAGGCUUCAGUGGCCCUCCUCCUGGCUUCCAGCCUCCCCAAUGAACUAUCGAAAAAAGCGGUUGCCUCGCGAUCUCCACCCACUUUCUUUCUACAGACACCGAUGAUGAAAACCUCCAUAUCGCCUUGGCUUGUAUGUAUUAAUGAUUUUCUCUUGCGUCGUUCGCUACUUUGUAAGACCAGCUUAGUUCUCCUACGUGACCCCGUUUGGAGUGGACCGUGAGUAUGUACAUGCACCUUCAUAAGGGUGACUGAUGUUGUAGAACGCUCAAGGAACUCGGACAUACGCAUCUACUGAAUAGAUUUACAGAAAAAUAUAGCCAAUACGGUGAUAUCAACCUUUUCUUUUGUCAGGUAUAAUGUACGAUCUAUGGUCCUAAAGAUCUGAAAGAAAGUGGGCAAACUACCUCGGUUUCCACGAGAUGAGGUUAGAUGAUAAGAGUAGUACACGAUUCAAAGCUGUGUAAUGUCCCCAACGGCAGCGCGCAUAAUGAAUGUCAUUACUCUUCAAGC